UUUCUUUUGGUCGCAAGUGCGGCAUCUCUCUCAGUCCCACGCCUCUCUUUCCUCAACCCCUAUCCCCUAUCCCCUGUCCCCACCCCCACCUCCCAAAUCAUCCGGCUUAACCCGUUCCGCACCAAAGGCCCACGGAGUUCUAAGGUGCGGAUAAUUAACCCGACUCCUUCUAACCCAGCUAAAUAGUCUCACUUUAGGCUAAAGCCUCACACUUUCGCCUUAAAGCCCCCGGCCCCUUACGCGCAGACAGGUAGGGGGAGUGCGAAUACUACUGGAUCCUAGGAAACUGGUUCCCAAGAAGGCUCCUUCCAGGAUCGACCGCUACGGAGAAGUAUUCCAGGAGCCCUCUGUUCUGCGGGGUGACAAUUAGCCAAAGAUUAUUUCUCUUUAUUCAGAAGCAUACAGUUGUUUGCUGAUUGCAAGAAGAUGUUUCUUUGGCUGUUUCUGAUUUUGUCAGCCCUGAUUUCUUCGACAAACGCAGAUUCUGACAUAUCGGUGGAAAUUUGCAAUGUGUGUUCCUGCGUGUCAGUUGAGAAUGUGCUCUAUGUCAACUGUGAGAAGGUUUCAGUCUACAGACCAAAUCAGCUGAAACCACCUUGGUCUAAUUUUUAUCACCUCAAUUUCCAAAAUAAUUUUUUAAAUAUUCUGUAUCCAAAUACAUUCUUGAAUUUUUCACAUGCAGUAUCCCUGCAUCUGGGAAAUAAUAAACUGCAGAACAUUGAGGGAGGAGCCUUUCUUGGGCUCAGUGCAUUAAAGCAGUUGCACUUGAACAACAAUGAAUUAAAGAUUCUCCGAGCUGACACUUUCCUUGGCAUAGAGAACUUGGAGUAUCUCCAGGCUGACUACAAUUUAAUCAAGUAUAUUGAACGAGGAGCCUUCAAUAAGCUCCACAAACUGAAAGUUCUCAUUGUUAAUGACAAUCUGAUUUCAUUCCUUCCUGAUAAUAUUUUCCGAUUCGCAUCUUUGACCCAUCUGGAUAUACGAGGGAACAGAAUCCAGAAGCUCCCUUAUAUCGGGGUUCUGGAACACAUUGGCCGUGUCGUUGAAUUGCAGCUGGAAGAUAACCCUUGGAACUGUAGCUGUGAUUUGUUGCCUUUAAAAGCUUGGCUGGAGAACAUGCCAUAUAACAUUUACAUAGGAGAAGCUAUCUGUGAAACUCCCAGUGACUUAUAUGGAAGGCUUUUAAAAGAAACCAACAAACAAGAACUAUGCCCCAUGGGCACUGGCAGUGAUUUUGAUGUGCGCAUCCUGCCUCCAUCUCAGCUGGAAAAUGGCUACACCACUCCCAAUGGUCACACCACCCAAACAUCUUUACACAGAUUAGUAACUAAACCACCAAAAACAACAAAUCCUUCCAAGAUCUCUGGAAUCGUUGCAGGCAAAGCCCUCUCCAACCGCAAUCUCAGUCAGAUUGUGUCUUACCAAACAAGGGUGCCUCCUCUAACACCUUGCCCGGCACCUUGCUUCUGCAAAACACACCCUUCAGAUUUGGGACUAAGUGUGAACUGCCAAGAGAAAAAUAUACAGUCUAUGUCUGAAUUGAUACCGAAACCUUUAAAUGCGAAGAAGCUGCACGUCAAUGGCAAUAGCAUCAAGGAUGUGGACGUGUCAGACUUCACUGACUUUGAAGGACUGGAUUUGCUUCAUUUAGGCAGCAAUCAAAUUACAGUGAUUAAGGGAGACGUAUUUCACAAUCUCACUAAUUUACGUAGGCUAUAUCUCAAUGGCAAUCAAAUUGAAAGACUCUAUCCUGAAAUAUUUUCAGGUCUUCAUAACCUGCAGUAUCUGUAUUUGGAAUACAAUUUGAUUAAGGAAAUCUUAGCAGGCACCUUUGACUCCAUGCCAAAUUUGCAGUUACUGUACUUAAACAAUAAUCUCCUAAAGAGCCUGCCUGUUUACAUUUUUUCCGGAGCACCCUUAGCUAGACUGAACCUGAGGAACAACAAAUUCAUGUACCUGCCUGUCAGUGGGGUCCUUGAUCAGUUGCAAUCUCUUACACAGAUUGACUUGGAGGGCAACCCAUGGGACUGUACUUGUGACUUGGUGGCAUUAAAGCUGUGGGUGGAGAAGUUGAGCGACGGGAUUGUUGUGAAAGAACUGAAAUGUGAGACGCCUGUUCAGUUUGCCAACAUCGAACUGAAGUCCCUCAAAAAUGAAAUCUUAUGUCCCAAACUUUUAAAUAAGCCGUCUGCACCAUUCACAAGCCCUGCACCUGCCAUUACAUUCACCACUCCAUUGGGUCCCAUUCGAAGUCCUCCUGGUGGGCCAGUGCCUCUGUCUAUUUUAAUCUUAAGUAUCUUAGUGGUCCUCAUUUUAACUGUGUUUGUUGCUUUUUGCCUUCUUGUUUUUGUCCUGCGACGCAACAAGAAACCCACAGUGAAGCACGAAGGCCUGGGGAAUCCUGAGUGUGGCUCCAUGCAGCUGCAGCUAAGGAAGCAUGACCACAAAACCAAUAAAAAAGAUGGACUGAGCACAGAAGCUUUCAUUCCACAAACUAUAGAACAGAUGAGCAAGAGCCAUACUUGUGGCUUGAAAGAGUCAGAAACUGGGUUCAUGUUUUCAGAUCCUCCAGGACAGAAAGUUGUUAUGAGAAAUGUAGCCGACAAGGAGAAAGAUUUAUUACAUGUAGAUACCAGGAAGAGACUGAGCACAAUUGAUGAGCUGGAUGAAUUAUUCCCUAGCAGGGAUUCCAAUGUGUUUAUUCAGAAUUUUCUUGAAAGCAAAAAGGAGUAUAAUAGCAUAGGUGUCAGUGGCUUUGAGAUCCGCUAUCCAGAAAAACAACCAGACAAAAAAAAUAAGAAGUCACUGAUAGGUGGCAACCACAGUAAAAUUGUUGUGGAACAAAGGAAGAGCGAGUAUUUUGAACUGAAGGCGAAACUGCAGAGUUCCCCUGACUACCUACAGGUCCUUGAGGAGCAAACAGCUUUGAACAAGAUCUAGGUCAUGUAAUCUUACUUCAUACAGAGGACAUUUAUUUAAUGAUGAAAGUGCCUUUUGUUGACUUAUAACUUCCAAAUACUAUAUUAUCAAUAGGCAUAGAGGCAGGUGUUUCCAAGGGUGUCUCAUUAACUGUAGCUGCAAAGAUGUGUCAAGUAGAAGAGAAUAUGUUUAAUAGAUUUUACUACAUAAAACCUAUACUGUGGAGUCCUGUGGGGAUACUGCAAACUCUAUUGCCAAAGGGAUGCUUUAUACACUUAAUACUGAAUUUAACCACAAGAGGCAAAUCUGUUUUGUAUCCCAAUGCAAAACCUUCGUCUCUUUGUGCUUUGUAAAGCAAACUCAAGAAAACUGGUACAGGUGUUUGUACCUCAGCUGGGUCCUUUAUCUUGCACGUAGAUUAAGUUGGUGGAACUGGAAUAAUCCUUUUGAUUUGUGGCAUUGUAACAACUCCGUGUAAAGAUUAUCUGAAAAGUAAAAAAACAAAAAAACAAAAAAAACAAACAAAAAAAAAGCAUGCAAAGAGAGAACACUCGAUAGUAUUUGUAAAUUGGUAACCUUUAUGGCCUGCAUCUUGAAACUGCUGGAUUUAUAAUGUUAAAUUGUGCAAAUACUUGUUUAAAAUAUAACAUGCAUUACAUAACUAUAAAAUAAAUUUGAAUACUUUAAGCAUUACCUGUCUAUACAUAAAAAUCUAAAAGAAAAAAUCAACGUGAGUUAGAUAGCAUUUGUGAUGAUCUGAAGAAAUAUGUGAUGUUUAUCAGAAUUAAACAUGGCUCAAAUUAAAUUAACACUAGAGUUUGUUAUCAGUUAGGUGAAAUACCCACAAUCCUUAAAGGUUGUCCAAAAUAAGCAGAGUGCUUACUGUGUGAGCGCACCCAAAGCUAUUUUUGUAACAUAAUUCAUAUUUAUGAAGUACUUUGUAUACUAAAUAGAAAAAUGUGUACUCCUUAAUAUGUAUUUAAUAUGCCUGACUUGUUUUCCUGAUCACAGUGAAUUUACCAGUAAGUAUAAAUGUAGACAGAAAAAAAUAUACUAAACUGAAACAAGCUGAUGUGUACAGAAAUAUUCUGGACUUUGUGAUCAGGUGUAACUUAAAAACAAAAAAAAAUUAAAAACAAAAAAAAGAAAAAAAUACAAAAGAAAAGUUAACUCUGUGCUAUUCUUGUGAAUUUAGCAUAUUAUCUUCAGAUUUGUUACCAACUGUGCAUUUAAAAAUAAGUUCCUUAGUUUUCUAGUAUUGUGUCUGGGGCAGUUGUUAUUCGCCAUCAGUUGUCUUGCUUUUCAGGAUUCUGUGAGCUUCAUUCAAACAGUUUUCGCUACAAGUAUUUAAAAAAUAAUGAAUAAGGUUAAUAGUUAUAUCGUGUAUGCAUCAGUAUCCUGUUCUUUCAUCAUUCAGACCACUAUCAGAUAAUCUAGUAGAACUGUAAACACCAUGGUAAUCUUGGCUAUGAAAGCCACACUGUAAAAAUGCUUGCAUUGGUUUCAGAUGAGUUCACAAUCUGCAACUACAAAUGAUACGCCCCUGUGUUUGCUUUUGCUAAGAUCUAAGUCAAAAUUUGUUUAAGGAAUAAAGUAACUGAGAAUGGGUGAUUUCGGAACUUUUGUAGGAGCUCCCGAUUAACAAAGUGAUAUUCAGAAACACAUUGUCUUCUUGGCCUGCCUGCAUAUAUAUAUAUAGAUAUAUAGAUCUAUAUAGAUAUACAUAUAUAUGUGUGUGUGUGUAUAUAUAUGCGUGUGUAUAUAUGUGUGUGUAUAUAUAUACAUAUAUGUAUGUGUGUGUAUAUAUAUAUAGUGUGUACGUGUGAGAGAGUGUGUGUCCCAUCUUUUUUAAUUACCUUAUAAAUCAGUAAGAUAACCAAGAAAGUAAACAUAGCCAUUCCUCAUGAUUGCAAGUGGCAUAUUUUUUUGUUGCAGCUUCCAAAAUGAUAUUAUGUUUAUAGUUGCAGUAGCUGUUCCUUUACUAAUCACUAAUUUCAGGGCUUUAUGUGUUUGUUGCAAGACAAAAAAAAAAGAAGCUUGGCUUUCUUGGGUGUGUGUGUAUGCGUGUGUGUGAGUGUGUGUAUAUAUAUGUGGGUAUAUAUUCAUACGUAUAGAUAAUUUGGAAAUCUUUUUUAAAUAGCAAAAAACGUCUCCAUGUGUAUGUGCUGGUGCUCUUAAAACUUUAGUGUGUAAUUUUAAUUUUUAUGAUGUCUGUGAAAACUUUACAUGAAUAUAAAAUAAUUCAAACAAAUAAUUGCUUUCUGAUCUUGAAAGAAAAGACGAGAUGUGUGCCCAACAGCUUUUUUCAUCCACAGUUUCAUAAGGACUUUUGAUAUGCCAUUACCAUGCAUGCACACACCCACGGAUUAAAGGGCUCCUAAUGUAUACUGACAGGAUAAAGAUACAAAGGCUUCAAAGAAAGUGUUUUAGUUUAGUCUGUCAAUAAAGUAUGGCUUGAGGGAUCUUAAAUAGACACUUAUAGGAGGAAUCAGAAAGUUCCACUCAUGAUCUGGGGAUAAUAGGUCAUUUAAAUGAUACCUUUUAUUCAGUGUGGUGAUGUUUUGAAGAUGUUUCAAGGUUUCUGCAGAAUUCUCAAUGGCAAGAGUACCUGCCACCAUCUCAAAAGCUUGCUGUAGCAUAUUGGCUAUCUCAUACUCUUCUGCUAAAAGGUAUAAAUGUUCAACUUUUUUUAAAAAAGUAAUUUAACGUACGUGGUUAUUUGGAGGUUCAAAUUGUAAAUGAAAGUAACAAAUUCUUGGUUAAGGCUAAUAUAUUUUCCUUAACUGAAGUCAUUGUGCCUACAUUAUAUAGUGUAUACAAUUUUGCACCUGUCUUUCAUUAGUUCUAGUUGUACCUUUUAUGAUAAUGUAGUUAGGUAUAAGUUCUGAGUUGAGUACAAGAACAGUUAAAAUACUGUAUCUACAUUUUGUUGGCUUCAACUAUAACCUUGAUGUUAGUUUAACCCCUUGAGGUAUGAUAUGUACAUCAGUACAACAUUUUCAGUGGAACUCGGAUGCAAACCUAUAAAAUCCAAGAAGUGCUCAUUUCUAAUGUGGUCUGACACAUCGUGGGCUUCUUGGCACUAUGUUCAUGUGUAUGGACUAUGUUAGAAUGAUUGCAAACAAAUUUAGAUCUUAUGAAAUCAGUGAAGGGGUUGAGAUAACAUAUUGUGUCCAUGUAAUAUAAAUCAAGUUUUAAAUUAUUUUUUUAUGAAAUCAAUAAAGAUGAUUCAAUUCUUUAAGAGUAAGUCUUUGUGUAAUUUUAUGAGAAAGCAGCUAUUAAAGUAGAGUGAUUCAAGUCUAUAAGGCAAUUUAUAUUCUAUAUUUAGUUUUUCAUUCUGAAUAAACUGAAAAAAUACAUUAAUUAGAAAUUUAUUUAAGACCAUCUUUCUUUUGUUGCUUUUUUUAAACACUUACUUUUUUUUAAGCCAUAAGGAUGCAUAAAUUAUACAGGACAUGACCUUAUGAGUACUAUCAACAGGUAUUUCAGAAAUAACAGAACACAUCUAGAAAUGUAUGGUGGUAAUAUUAAUCUAUAAUAUUUUUUGCAUGAUUUGUACGUUGACAUUGUAUGAAAUGAGCACAGUGAGGUUUUUUUUGCUGUUAUUGUCGCAUCCAAAGAGUUGGAGAGAAACUAUAUUAAGAAUGUAUUUAUAUUCACUAUUUUAAAAUAAAGUAAAAAAAAUUGUAUUGUUUUUACCCUAAUUUGAUUAUUAGUAUUUUAGGUUAAUUUGUAAGAGAAAAAUCAAGUAAUGCUGUAAAAGCUAAUGUAAAUCACAGAAAAGAACUGUUUUAAUGACUUUUGUUUGCUUUUAAUAACAUCAAGGUAUUAGAAUUUAUUAAUUGCCAUUUUUAUGAAAGUAUUAAUAAAAUUGUUUGCUACAAUGAUAUUUCUGAAGCCACAGUUUGUUAAAUAUAUUUGUCUUUCCAUUAUUUUUCAGAAAAAAUAAAGCAGUAACCAAACUGAUCAUUUCACCCAGAUUUGAGGGUAAGAUAUAGCUUUAGAAUACUGUUUGUAUUCAACUUAACUGCUAAAUCUCUGUUUAAAAAAAAAAAUGCUUUCUUUAGAAACAUAUUUUCAAUCUGUGUUCCUUCCCACUGGCAGCCCCUUUGGAGAAGAGUCAGACAGUGCCAAGAUCAACAUGCUUUGAUUCUUGCCCAUUCUUUUGAAUCAGUUGGAUUCUGACAUAACUUCAGAUAAGCAAAUCUUAACUAUCUCAACAAUCUUAACUAUCUGCUCAAAUACUUUUAGAAAACCUUCAGUACCUCUGUAUUCCAUUGCCAGUUUGCAUGGUUACAGGUUAGUUACCCACUUAUGGAGUGAAUUGUGAUUUGUAUUUGGUUCUUUUAAAGACGACCAAAAUUAUCAAUCCGUCACUUUACCAAAAUUAUUACUGUUGUGGAAAAUGAACUAAUUGCAUUAUGGUUAACCUGAGGGCAGAAAGGAAUAUAACUGACUAUAUUGCCCAAUACAGUGGGUUUAAGGUUCAUAUAUUUAUGGUAAGACAAGUAAAGACAGAAACACAGAAAGAGAAUAUAAAUUAAGAUUGUUGUUGCUUUACACGUAUACAUAGGUAUGCUGAAGGUGUGAACAGUAUAGAUAGCAUAUACAAGGACUUUUAGACUAAAUGCCUUAUGCAUCUGAGGAGAUACACUGCAGGAUGUGUUAUUUUAUUUAUUUAUGAGUACUGAGCACAGAGCUUUGGGUUCCAGCCACUUCUGUUAUGUAGACAAGUGGCAUCAAAUCAAGGUUUGGCAUCAUUUCUCGUGCUCUAUCCAAUUAGUCACUGUGGUCAGAUGGGCUGAACUAAAAUAAAAUAUCCUGUUUGUGGCUUCACUUACCGAGAAUAACUGGUGACAUAUAUCAAGUUCACCUGAUAAUUGUUAACUCUCAAUUUCAGAUUUCCUAAGGAUCUGUUCUUUAUUUAAAAGCAAAUGGGAAGUCAAAUGAAUUUUAAUAACUUACUUUGUACAAAACUGCCCUUAAUCUAAUUUUGAAUUUUAUUUUGUUUUAUUUAUUUAUUUAUUUAAUGUCUUUUCAGUUUCUACUGGUUGAUAGGAUUGUGUUUGAAAAGGGGGAAAUCGAGGAAGGGAAAUUGUGUUGUUUUUCUUAUAUGAAAUGACUUUUUUAAAUUUUUAAAAAAAUAUUUUAACCUGUUGUUCUUAUGUCUGCAGGGGGAAAAUAAAUUAGGGCUCUGAGGCAUUUGAAUAUUUUAGACCAAAUAAUUGCUAUUCAGAAUAAAGAUUCAAACUUCUCAUUAAUUCAUAAUUAACAUUUCCACUGACAAGAGGACCCAGAACCAGGAAAGAAUUACUCAACCCUCCACUUUAGUUUACUUUUGUAGACACUGCCUAAAUAGAAAUAGAAAUUCUAGUGAUUUCAGUAACAUCAAAAAUGACAAAUUACCUGUUUAACUUAAAAAGGUCAUGAAUGAGGCCUUCAGAGAAAUAAUGUUAAUAAUAUAAUGAAUAACCAUAGGGCAGCGCCUUUAAAUUAGCUAUAUGAAGGAAAUAGUCUUUUUAAGUUCCUGAACAAUAUAUUUCUCUUAGUUGGCACUUCACAAAUACUAGGUCAUGUCAGAUGCUGCUGGUUAAUAGCUGAAGGCAGGCAUGUUGUGCAGUGGACAUUGCUUAUAGAAGUGUUUGAAAAUCAUAGUAAGCUUUGUUCUCCCUGCUAAAACUUGCUAUGUAUAUUUCCAUCAUUGUUUCAUGUAAACUGAACCAUUGUGGUAAACUUUUGGAGUUGAUAUGGAGUAACUUUAAUGCUGUUUUCACAAAUAAAAGUUUUUUCUUAUAGGUCA